CCUCUGAUCUGUUCAUGCUCAAGCCAUUAACUCUUCCACCUUUCUCUCUCUCUCUUCAUAAGCUUCUAAUUCCUUUGAUGAUAGCAUUAAUAGUUAGUUGUUUGGUAUUUGGUGUCAAUCACUCCUUGUUUCCUACUACACCUCUUAUAUCUCUUUAAUUUAUUUUAUGUUAAGUUCCAUCUUUAGGUCUAAACUUCUUUAGCAGAUGAACAUGGAGAUGGAGAUAGAAGCAGCCACAAGUGAGAGGGAGGUGCAGCCAUACACUGGCUUUGACAGAGGAACCUUCUUGGCUUGGGAAGAUCUCAGAGUUAUCAUUCCAAACUUUGGUAAGGGACCAACCAAGAGGUUGCUUAAUGGCCUUAAUGGCUAUGCUGAGCCUGGUAGAAUCAUGGCUAUUAUGGGUCCUUCUGGCUCUGGAAAAUCCACUCUCCUUGAUUCACUUGCAGGUAGACUCUCAAAAAAUGUGGUUAUGACAGGAAAUGUUCUUCUCAAUGGGAAGAAAAAAGGCUUAGGCUACGGUGUUGUUGCUUACGUAACUCAAGAGGAUGUUCUGCUGGGAACACUUACUGUGAAGGAAACAAUAUCUUACUCAGCACAUCUACGUCUUCCAACAUCAAUGAGCAAAGAAGAAGUUGAUAGCAUCAUCGAUGGAACAAUCAUAGAAAUGGGUCUCCAAGACUGUGCUGAUAGGUUGAUUGGAAACUGGCACUUGAGAGGCAUAAGUGGAGGGGAGAAAAAGAGACUCAGCAUUGCUCUUGAAAUCCUCACCAGGCCUCGCUUACUGUUUCUUGAUGAACCAACCAGUGGCCUUGAUAGUGCCUCUGCAUUUUUUGUUGUUCAAACUCUCAGAAAUGUUGCUCGUGAUGGAAGAACAGUUAUCUCUUCCAUUCACCAACCUAGCAGUGAAGUCUUUGCACUCUUUGAUGACCUUUUCUUACUAUCUGGCGGCGAAACGGUUUAUUUUGGAGAAGCAAAAUCUGCAAUUGAGUUUUUUGCUGAAGCUGGUUUUCCUUGUCCACGUAAAAGAAAUCCUUCUGAUCAUUUCCUACGAUGUAUCAAUUCUGAUUUCGACAUUGUGACAGCUACACUGAAGGGAUCUCAAAGAAUUCAUGAUGUUCCAAAUUCAUCAGAUCCUUUCUUGAAUCUGGCCACAGCAGAGAUUAAGGCAAUGCUAGUUGAGAAAUAUAGGCGUUCAACAUAUUACAGAAGGGCAAAGAACAGAAUUCAAGAGCUAUCUACCGAUGAAGGGCUUCAACCUCCGACACAACAUGGAAGUCAAGCUAGUUGGUGGAAGCAACUGUGGACGUUGACAAAGAGAUCAUUUGUGAACAUGUGUAGAGAUGUCGGUUAUUACUGGUUGAGGAUCAUAAUUUACAUCAUUGUAUCCAUAUGUGUGGGAACCGUUUAUUUUGAUGUUGGCUACAGCUACACUUCCAUCCUUGCCCGUGGUGCCUGUGGUGCAUUCAUAUCAGGAUUUAUGACAUUCAUGUCAAUUGGUGGCUUUCCAUCAUUUAUUGAAGAAAUGAAGGUUUUUUAUCGAGAAAGGCUUAACGGAUAUUAUGGAGUUGCAGCAUAUAUUUUAGCCAACUUUCUUUCUUCGUUCCCAUUCUUGGUUGCAAUUGCUCUUACUAGUUGCACCAUAACCUAUAACAUGGUGAAAUUCAGGCCAGGGAUUAGUCACUUUGUGUUUUUCACUCUCAACAUCUACAGCUGCAUCUCCGUAAUUGAAAGCCUCAUGAUGGUUGUGGCUUCACUUGUUCCAAAUUUCCUCAUGGGAAUAAUUACAGGGGCUGGAAUAAUAGGAAUCAUGAUGAUGACCUCCGGAUUCUUCAGGUUGCUUUCUGAUCUUCCAAAACCGGUUUGGCGCUACCCAAUUUCUUAUAUCAGUUAUGGUUCCUGGGCAAUACAGGGUUCAUACAAGAAUGACUUGCUUGGGCUUGAGUUUGAACCUAUGCUACCUGGUGACCCAAAAGUGACUGGAGAGUACGUGAUCACACACAUGUUAGGCAUUGAAUUAAACCAUUCAAAGUGGUUGGACUUAGCAGCUCUAUUUGUGAUUCUCAUUUGUUACAGACUUCUCUUCUUUACUGUUCUGAAGUUCAAGGAGAGAGCAUCACCAUUGUUUAAGACACUUUAUGCAAAGAGAACCAUACAACAGCUUGAAAAAAGACCCUCUUUCAGGAAGAUGCCAUCUUUCCCUUCACAGAGGCACCAACCCCUCCAUUCACUUUCUUCACAAGAUGGUCUUGAUUCUCCACUCAACUAGAUUCAUCCACCACAAAUAAAAGUGUUGCACGCUUAACAUACAAAAUUGUAUUGCUCAUGUAUGUAUAGAGAAAAAUGUUUCAUAACUGUCUUAAGCUACAAAUUAAUGGGACAUUGUGUACGUCCUUCCAUUACAUUUUUUUUUGGGCAACUAAAAUCUCUAAACUGGGAAUAUUAAAUACUUUGUACGAAUUAUGAAGGUUGAGACUUUGUUGGGAUAGAUAAAUACCUCCCAGAAUGAAGUCAAGAUGAUGAUGAUAUGUUAUUAA